AAAAUCACAUUUUAAGAAGAUACAUUGUAGAAAUAGGCGGGGGUAUAUGACUUUGUGGCUGUGGUAACUCGUGACGGCCCCGCCUCUUCUUCUGCCUGAUAUAACCAACAUAGAGGUAGUUGAGUUUCUGUCUGAGAGGAACUUCGGACUAAAAUACUGGCCAGGUGGAGAGAUUUUCCACUGACUUUAUUCGGACCUCAACAUGGGGGUUAUAAUAUCCCGGUUUAGGACUAAGCCAACAACUGUAGAGGUUUUGGAAGGAAUUGAUAAGGAUAUUCACACUGGUGAGGAAUGUGGAGAACUGUAUCAAAGACAGUUGAAGCUAUGGCUGUGGAGGCUACUGCUGUACUCAUCUCUUCUCUACCUGAUGGCCAGCAUAAUUGUGUAUCUCUGGUACCUCCCUGAACAGACGAUUGGAAAGGUCAUAUUGGCCCUUCCAUUCGUAGUAUUUCCACUAUUUGUAUGGCUCCUUCGAAAGGGGCUGAUCGCUCUUUUUAAAAGAAGAACAGAAAGAAACAAUGAAAAAUUGGAGGACCUCAAAUCACAAAAACGAAAAAUGCUGUUAGAGGUGAUGGAAACUGAAACCUAUAAAACUGCUAAAAUGAUUCUGGAGAGAUUUGAUCCUGAUUCAAAGUCAAAGGUGCCAGAAUCCCUUCCAAAUGGAAUGCCUAUGACUCCAAAACCUCCCCAAGAACUCCGUCAGCGCCAUGUCACUCCUCGGUCCCCGGUGGCGGUGACUCCUGCUGCAGCUCGUCCUCCUCUGGCCCCGGGGGCCACCCGUGCAGGGCCGCCCCUCCACGCCGCUCCUGGAGGACCCCCAGAGAGGAUCCUGUCUGAGGCUGCUCAGCAGAGCUUGGUGAAGAGGCCCAUGACCCCUGGCACACCUGUUCCAGGAGUGGGCCGUCCCCUGGCCAGACCUGUCCUCCCCCGGGAUCGAGGCGCCAUGGACCGGGUUAUUGAAUACCUUGUCGGCGAUGGCCCUCAAAAUAGAUAUGCCCUCAUAUGCCAGCAGUGUCUCACCCAUAACGGCAUGGCAUUAAAAGAGGAAUUUGAAUAUAUUGCCUUCAGAUGUGCAUAUUGUUGUUUCCUGAACCCUGCGAGAAAGACCAGACGCCAAGCCCCCCGACUCCCUGAGGUCAGCGCCGAGGCGAAGAUCCCCACCGACGAACCCAUUCCAACCCCGCCAUCCCCCGUAGCAACACCACCUGAAGCUGAUGAGAGCCUCGUUGCUGCAGUUGAGGAGAAACCGCCUUCUCCCCCAGCUGAAGAGGAGAUCCAGGAGCUGGCGGUGACUCCAACAGAGAGUGCCUGUGAAACAGAAGAGUCAGAAAGCCCAGACUCACUGGUAGCCACCCCAGAGAAGUCCGAUGGAGAGCUGGACGUGGUCCAAUAGAAUGUCGUUUCAACAUCAUUUUACGCUGGCGCUAAUAUUAUUUUUAGUUAAUUUUUCUUAGUUUUUAAAGUAAACUUAACAAUGGUUAGACUAUAACAAUAAUGUGAGUAAGAAUCGCAGAAUGACAGGAUAAGGGUUUGGUAUGAACCUAAAUGGAUUUAUUUUCCCGUCUGUUAUAGUGAUGACAUAUAAAGUGAAUCCUGACAGUAGUAGUAAUGGGAUUUAUUUACUGUUGGGAUUUGACAUAAUGUCCAAUACUUUCAUUAACUAUACCAGCACUUCUAUACAUAAAACCAGUAGUUCAGCUAGCCAAGCAUUUGGCGUUGAUGCACGUCCGUAGAAUGUUUUUUCUCCUUUUUAGUGUCUUGUUUUACAUAUUAAGUGGAUAAGCAAUUUGCCACAUUUACUAUAUUGUUAUAUUGUGUAUUUUUUGUGUGACUGAAUGUCUAUGUCCGUGCUGUUUUACAGACAGGCAACGUGUAAAUGAACGAUACUAAUAAUAAUAAUGCAGAGGCCAAAUCUAGCUAAGCAGUUGGAGUUGGUCCGUAGAUUUAUGUUUUCUUCUAUUUUGUUUUGCGUGAGUCGUUUGCUACAUUGUCACUGUAUUAUUAUUAUUAUUAUUAUUAUUAUUUUUUAUUUUUUUGUUGACUGAAUGUCUGGCCAUGUCUACAGAAAUGCAAAAAUAUCCUGUCCGGUGUUCUAUGAAAUCUGUAUAUUUUCUAGGUGAUGAUAUUUUCUAGGUGCUACAGUAUUGGGAUACAGUGCCUUUUGAUCAGUAUUGAAAAGGUUUUGGAUACUUCCAAGCACAACUGGGCUAACCACAUGUUUACACAGUAAUGGUACAGUCAAGGAGUGCUUACUUUAUUUAUUGCUUAAAAGGAGAAAUCUGUUCCGCUGUCCUCUGCGCCCGGGUGCCUUGAUAUCUGUUCCGCUGUCCUCUGCGCCCGGGUGCCUUGAUGCGUUUUUAUGUUUACACUUUGAAACGAAUAAAGACCGAGUCAUUUUCUGUAA